GUCGGGCCUCUCUCCUGGGCGUGGGUAAACACACCCAGAGCCUGUCAUGGAGCGGGAGGCAGCGGCGGCGGCGGCGAAGGGCGGCGUUCUUGGCCGCCUCCAGGGUCCGCUCUGCCAUUCCUGAACUGGUCCCUGGCCCCCGGCCCCUGUGACUGUGGCAUCAGGGAAGCCAACUGUUAGGCAAGAGGAGACAGCAGUCAGAACCAUAUCCCCUUCUUCCCCCGGGGCGGGGGCCUGGCCGGGUCAGGCCGGCUGAGCCGGGGCAGGGCAGCGGGCGGGAGCGCCCGGCCAGCCGGCCUGUCUGCGAGAUGGAUGACAGUAAGGUGGUUGGAGGCAAAGUAAAGAAGCCCGGCAAACGUGGUCGGAAGCCUGCGAAAAUUGACUUGAAGGCAAAACUUGAGAGGAGCCGGCAGAGUGCAAGGGAAUGCCGGGCCAGAAAAAAACUGAGAUACCAGUAUUUGGAAGAGUUGGUAUCCAGUCGGGAAAGAGCCAUAUGUGCCCUCAGAGAGGAACUGGAAAUGUACAAGCAGUGGUGUAUGGCGAUGGACCAAGGAAAAAUCCCUUCUGAAAUCAAGGCCCUACUCACUGGAGAAGAGCAGAGCAAAUUUCAGCAGAACUCAAGCAGGCACAUGAAAGCUGGGAAGACAGACGCUAAUAGCAAUUCCUGGUGAAGAGCAUAUAAAUGAUGAGUCAGUGACUGAAGCCAAUAUUCUUAUUCCUAUGGAGGAUGAAUGGGCAAGAUUAUACUUCUUGGUUCCGUUAACUACCUACUGCUCAGUAGUCAUCUCUGUAAAUCUGUAGUUUCUACUGAAAUGUGUGAUCAUAGAUCUCAAAGGAUUUUGCUUUAACUUUCAACACUUAGAAAAUUUAUAAAAUUCAGACCUGUUCUGGUUAGUAUUGCCACCCAUGGAAUUUAACUGUUACAGUGCUUAAGAACACAGAAAUAGAAAUGGGUGAAGAAUGUAUUUUUGCACCUUAACUCCACAUUGCUUUAUUGUUUAAUUUAUAUUCUCUCCAUGUAAUUCAUGUAAAUGUAUGUAUAUGUAUGUAUAGGUAUCACCUCCUUUCAUGUGCUUGAUUGUCCUACAAAAAGAAACCAAAUGGACUGAUUACUAAGUUCUCAGUCUUUAUGGACCUAACCUUAUUUCAUUAUAUUUACUUGAGUAACAUAUAUUUUCUGCAUGAACCAUGAUUUCUCCUGUGAGCCAUUCCAGCAUAAGCUGUGAAUAUGUAUUAACAAAUAUAUAUAUAUACAUUUCUAUUUUUAUAAUCCAUGGUGGUAUGCCUGUUUUAAAUAAUGUACAUGUUAACAAAAUCUGUCAGGAAAGCCCACAAGACAGCCUCUAUUUGAAACUUUUGUGGCUGUCUUUUCAAACUGUAUUUACAGAACUUUUCUAGGGCCUAAUCCAUAUUUGGAGAAUAAUUAGUCAUAUUUUAUUAAGCGGGAGGUAACCUUUUAGGCAUUUCAGCAGAAUACAUCAUUUUGGCAACCUAGAGUGUAUGUGUAUGUGUUUCUCUUGUAUGUCUAUAUAUGUAUGUGGGGACGGUAGGAGUGAAUGUUCACACACAUUUCCUUGUGUCGUUAACUAACUUGGAGAAUUUUUCUAAAGAAAAUAGGAUGAAAUUAGCUGCUGAGGUUGAGUUCCUGCCUCAAGAGAUCUGGAACAAAAUGAGGGAUGAACUGCUAGUACAUCUAAUGGCUGUAGCCAUAACCAGAACACUUAGUUUCUUCCCUGACGCAAGUUUCCUUAUGAGUGUUCUAAGCCAAAAACAAACACACCAGGGGUGCGUGUCUGGUUCAGCCCCGGCCGUGCCUCCACUCUGGAGUGAAGCCCUGGAGCCGAGAGUUGUGCACAGCACCACAGCUCAGGGGCUUGGUAGGAGGUGCAGGAAGCCAGGUGGUUCUCUCCGGUUCCCAUCACAGCCACAUUUACUUUCUUCCUGCCUACCAGGUGGAGUGAUGGUUGGGGAAUUAAACACAUAAUAUGAUACACUCAGAUAGACCUAGGAAUCUUUUAAUUUCCCCAAAGAGACACUUCAUCACUCUUUCUCCUCUUUCCCAUAGUUAAAUCAGGAGUCGUGCUCUCUGUUGCUGCUAAAUUAUAAUUGCUCUUUGGUCUUAUGAAACAAAUAUUUGGCUUUCAAUUAAAACAUGUUAUGAAAAUGGCAGUUUAAGAGGAAGCAUUAUAGUCUAGGUUGUCUGUGAGGUGGAACAUGAGAUGGACCACAUAGUUUCAGAAUACAGGGAACUGCCCUCCUUCUCUUAGGAAUGUGUUUGAAUAAAGUGCCUCCCCUUAGCCUGAGUUCCUAAAGGUCUCUUGUGCUUAGGUUGCAAACUCAGAUCUCUAGUCUAGUCCUGUGUGACUACUGAUAAACCACUAGCCCAGCCUGUUGGGUCUCUGUUUUGGAGGACUGGGGGUUUAAGAGUAUAUAAUGUCUUCUUAGGAUCACAAAUAUAAAUAGACUAAGGAUUGUUAAUAUUCCAGUGUUCAGAAUUUAAGUGUUUUAAAUAUAGUGUUCUGAUUCUAAUGGGUGUAUUUUUGUCAUCUGGUCUACUCAAAUAUAUAUUUCUAUUCCGCAAAAUGACCCAAGACUUCUUGGUUCAGUACCCUUUGAAUUGCCCAAAAGAGUUGUCUUCAAAACAAACAUUCCAGAAUGAAUGUGGCUCUUCAAUGGAAUUGCCUGCAUUGUGCUUGAAGUAUUUCUUCUCUGGUUGUACCUCUAAUUUACAGUCAUUUGAGCUACCCCAUCCCCCAUGGGAUCUUUACAAGAGCAGUGACUUCAUCCCCAGGUAAAGGAUGUGUAAUUCGGGGUGAAAAUAAAUUGCAAUUUAUUUGAGUUUAUUCCUAAACCUGUUUGCUAUUUUGGCGUAGAUCAAAGCAGGAGAAAGUUCCUUGUUCUUAAAAAGGAAUGUUUUGGUUACUCUGGGUUGUGCCAGCUGCGCACUUUGGCCACUUGAAGCAUGUUAAUAAAUGUCACUGACUGAAACAGCUGGAACAUUCUUUCCCCAGUCCAGUCACAGAGCAGCCUAUCGAAUCCUAGUAUCUCUCACUACCUGUAAUGGCAGCACACAGGCCGGGAGAGCACAGAGGAGGGUGAGAGCCCGGUGAGCUCUGUCCCCUGAAACAGUGCUGUUCUCCUUGCUUCCUGAGUACACAGUAAUGUUUCCUUUUUCUUUUUUUCCCCCCCAAAGAAAGGAAGAUAAAGGGAAAAAUAAAUUUGUGUAUUUAAACCAGUGAUAUUCUGUCAUUAAUUUAGCAUAGAUUUGCCAUAUAUUAAAGCAAUGGAAUAUAAUAUGGAGUAAAUUUGACCAGGUCAAGUUUUAGGAUAUAGUUGAAGUUCUUAAAAUUUUUUUUCUAUUUUACCUAAAGUCUUUCUGUUAAAUCAGAAUUAGAAUCUUACUGCAGCAAAUUCAUAUCACUGUUUACCAGCUAAUUGACAGUAUUUAUCAGCAUUCCUGUUUAGCAUUUUAUCAUCUUUGAACUAAGAUAAACUUGAUUUGGCUCAUUAAAGAAGUUUAGGUUUAAACUGAACUUACCUUUAGUUAAACGCAAAGAAAAUUUAAAAAUGUAAAUGCUAUAUUUCACAAGAAAUCUGUUGCAUAUUAUUAAUUACAUAUUUAGUGUUUAAAGAGAAGAUUAUUAUUAAGCCACAAGGUAUUUUGGGCAUUGAAGGACUUUUUCUUUCUCUGAAGAGCAUUGUACAAUAAUAUUUUUAUGAAAAAUAAAAUACCUUCACCAGAAAUA